UGUAUGUCUGUAUGUAGACAUGGGUGUUUUUUCGUGAAACAACUAUUGUAUUUAAAACUCGAGUCACCUCCCCUUACAGUCCCUUCAAGCCACCUCCCCCGCUACCUAGGGUUUUAUCAACGUUCCUAUCGAUCUCCCGCCAGAGCCAAGAGAGAAGGGGAAGAGCUCGCGGAAGCCAAAGAAGAGGCAGCCAUGGCGUCCACCAAGGUCCAGAGGAUCAUGACCCAACCGAUUAAUCUUAUCUUCAGGUUUCUUCAAAGCAAAGCACGCAUCCAGAUCUGGCUGUUUGAGCAAAGGGAUUUGAGGAUAGAAGGGCGGAUUAUAGGUUUUGAUGAGUACAUGAAUUUGGUGCUGGAUGAUGCUGAUGAACUCAACGUCAAGAAAAAUACUAGAAAGCCAUUGGGGAGGAUUCUCUUGAAAGGAGACAACAUUACUUUGAUGAUGAACACGGGAAAAUGAUAGCUUCUUGUGCUCUGGUAGUUUUUACCUCCUCUCCAAUUGGCUUUAUCUGGAAGGACAUGGUGGGUAACUUUUUAGCAUUUCCAAGCUUUGUUUGUGCGCCUUUCCAACUGGCUGUCAUAUGAUUUAGAACAGUUGUCUGGUUAUUUGAGCUCUGUAUUACCUAAUUUUGGAUUGAACAGCAGUAGUUGAAAAGGUAAUAUAUUCAAUGUAUCUUCUGUUGUGUUUGGUACUCCAGUGAAAAAAAAAAAGGGCUUGUAGAACCAUCAUAUGCUCCUGUAUUCUGAUUGAUCUGAAAGUCAUUAUCUGUGCAAUCACACUUGUUUCGCACUA